GUUGCUAGGUAGCAGAGGCCUAGAGGUCCAUGUGGCAGCGCCGAGCCUGCGGACCCGUGAGUGUGGCUGCCCCGGGCGUGAGGGGUGGGGGUGAGUGCGGCUGCCCCGGCGGCGUGAGGGUGGAGUUUUUAAAACAGCCAAAGAUGUCAUCUAUUUUGUUGAUGGAAGCUGCCAGGUGUCUGAGGAGGAGUCUGUGGCAGUUUUCAAAGUUACCGUUUGUUCGUCAUUGCAGCUACAACGGGAAAAUGUCCCCAGACGCAGCAUCAGUCAAAUUCCACUCGGCGGUUAAAUCUGAGAAGGCAUCAAAGUCAAAUAAGAGCCACAAACCUGACUUCAGUAAGUCAGAACUGGAUGUUAAAGGUAAUGCAAAGAGAUUAACUCAGUUCCCAGAGAGCUUCCAAGAGGCUGCUGCUGACAGAAUGGUAAAGAGGCAAGGAAUCAAUCUCUCCACUGGAAAUCAUGCCACUUUUCCUCAGCGGUUUCCAAACAUUUCCAAAGUUAAGAGUGCCCGGUCAAACUCAAAACCUCGCCAGAGCCACAGUGCAGAAUUUCAGAACCUGAGAGACGACGAUUUUAUAAAACGAAAAUUGCCAAAGAAUUCUCAAUCUUUUGUAAAGGAGGCUGGGUCAGAAAUGUUAUUUGGCAUGGCGCCGUGCAGCCUGGCCCUUUCCCAAUUACGCAGAAAGAUUUUCCGGCUGUUUGUUAAGGAAAAUCGAACUCCCAGACCUGAAAUGCAGGGAAUCUAUCAGCGGGCCCAAGAGAUCAGCGUGCCUGUACAUCAGGUAUUGAGAAAGGUGCUUGACAGGUUGUGUGAGGGGCGGGUUCACCAAGGCAUUUGUCUUGAGGUGACGCCGCUAGACUACAUGAACUUUGAUCAAUGCUGUUCAGCAGCUAUCGACGUUACUGAACUUGAAGGCCACAACAAACCAGCAUUGUGGCUGGCGUUGGAAGGAAUCCAGGAUCCAAUGAAUAUGGGAGCUCUGCUUCGCUCCGCUUACUUCCUUGGAACUGAUCUUGUCCUAGUAAGUCAGCCAAACAGUUGCCCUCUCACACCGACUGUGAGCAAAGCCAGCGCUGGAGUUGCAGAAGUUAUGCCUGUUUAUUCAACACUUAGCUUGCCCCAAGUUCUAAAGGCAAAAGCUGAUGAAGGGUGGAAGAUAAUCGGAACUGUUGGAAACUAUGCAGAAGCCACCCAUGUACCUGUCAUCCCUUGUGCUGAGUUCCAGUGGGAUAGACCAACCAUACUCGUUCUAGGAAACGAAGGUUUUGGCCUCUCUGAUGAUGUUGGCAGCCUUUGCCACACGAUGCUGACAAUACCAGCGGGUAGAGACUUACAGCCUGGUAUUGAAUCCUUGAACGUGUCUGUGGCUGCAGGGAUUCUCUUACAUUGCACAUCCAGCAAGAGGAUGAAAGGAUGAAAGGCUCUCUGUGUUCAUCUCUCCCUACUAUAUUGAAGUGAUGUACGGUGGAAGUGGCUCAGUGGCUGUGUAUAAAUGAUCCCUGCUUGAACUCAUUGUUUCAUUGCUGUGGACAUUUGCCCUAUUAAAAGUUUUGAUUCUGUAUAAACGA